CCGGCCAGCGCAGCGCACUAACAAACAUCUGAUCACAAAGGCCAAAAAAGCAAGCAGGAUCUUUAGAUCUACUCUUAACUUGUGCAAGGAUGAGUUCCAGUUUCUGUGUCGCUUUUUUUCUUUUAAUAGCAGUAAAGAUUACCUUCGCUGAUGCCGAGGCUGAGUCUCCCCGAAUUAUUCGUGCAGCUCCGGGAGAGAAGACGACAGGAAACUACAUUGUAGUGAUGGGGAAAGAGACCAGUCACAGCACGUUUGAGCAUAUUGCUGAUGAAGUGAGAAGGGAGUCAAUUGAUCAAAAACUAUCUGUGAAAGUGGAAGGACCAUUUGCUAAAAUACUUUCAGCAAAAUUGACAAAAGAUGCUGCACACAGGAUAGCCCUAAUGCAAAAUGAAGGUGUUUUUAUAGAGGAAGAAACAUAUGCUUCUAUUGAUAUGUCAUGGGCUGUGGAUCGUGUUGACCAAGUCAGUUCAGUAUUGGACAAUCAACCAUACACUCCUUGUGAAUGUGGCAAUGGUGUUGAUGUGUAUGUCCUUGAUACUGGUAUUCGCUAUGAUCAUUGCGAGUUUGGAAGAACAAAGUAUUCAGAUUACGUGUUUGAUGGGGGACGAGCCAAGUAUUCAGGCUAUGAUCCAAUUGAUAAUUACAACGACACCAAUUUAGAAGGUAGAGAUUGCCAUGGACAUGGUACCAAUGUAGCCAGUUUAGCAGUUGGAAAUGUUUCUGGACUAGCUUGUUGUGCUACUGCUUAUAGUGUACGUGUACUAGACUGCAAUGGCAGAGGACCUUACAGUGUUAUAAUAGACGGACUGAACUAUGCAGCUAUAAGAAUUAAAGACUCCAACAGACCAGCUGUGAUUGUAAUGUCUCUGGGUGGAUCUUUCUCCUCUUCUCUUAAUCAAGUAAUAACUAAUGUGAUCAAUCAAGGAAUACCUGUAGUUACAUCUGCUGGUAAUAAUCGCGGCAAUGCAUGCUCUAGAUCACCUGCUAGCAAUCCUGGAGUUAUAACAGUUGCUGCUACUACAAUAGGAGAUUUCAUUAACUAUAAUACUAAUGCUGGACCCUGUGUGGAUAUAUUUGCUCCUGGAGCAUAUGUGACUGCUGCUAGUCAUACUUGUUCUACUUGUUCGUGUACUAAAGCUGUAAGUGGUACAUCAAUGGCUGCUGCUCUUGUCACUGGUGCUGUUGCAUUACUACUGGAGAAGGAGCCUUUAUUCUUCCCUUCCAAUAUCUCAGAUAAAUUAAAGGAAAAUUGCCUUAAAAAUGCAAUCAAUUUUAUAUUUUUGGAAAAUAGUUAUAAAAGCACUACAAACAAUUGCUUCCUUCACAUUAAAAAAUGUGAUGAAUGUGGAAUUAGCACAACUAGCAUCAUUACCAUUACGCCAACUAGUACUUCUACUUGUUACAUUGGCACUUUAACAAAAAAUGCUACGUUAACAAAAACUACUACCAUGACAAAUAUUACUACCUUAGUAAACACUGUUACCUCAACAGACACCACCACUGUGCUUGGUAUUACUACCCCAGUACAUAAAGUGACGUCAACACAUCAUGCUACUACGACAUAUCACACCACUUUAACAAGUCGCACUACUUUAACUCAUAAUGCUACUUCAAUGCUGCUCACAACGUCAACAUAUAAUGCUACUUCGACACAUCACACUACUACAACACGUCAUAUUACUUCGAUGAACCAUACUAUUACUGUAACACAUGAUGCAGUUAUAAUAAGGCCUACUACUUCAACAAGAUAUGCUACAUCCAUGCAUCAUACUACCGUCACACGUCAUAUUACUCCAAUAGAUGAUACAACUUCUACACACCAUACUACCACAACAGUUCAUACUACUUUAAUACCUCGUACCACUUCAACACAUACUACUACUACUACACGUCAUUCUACUUCAAUACGACCUACAGCUACAACACUUUCUGUGCAUGUAACAUGUACUGAUACCGUUUUUUCAACAACCACCCCAACACAUACAGUUACAAAGUAUACAACAGAGUUUAAUACUGUUGUAGCUACCCACCCGAUUUGUCAACAAUGAGGCCAGGCUAUGAGUCUUUUUGCUUGUAAUUCAUUUUGUUUGUAUACCUUAUUUUUUAUAUUUAGUCAUGAGGUUUAAAAGGCACCCAGAGUCUUUUGAUGUAA